CCUUUGUGACUCUCCUGUUCUGGGUGAUGCGGGCCUGAGGCUAUAGGCCAGCCCGGGCCCCCUCAGCACUCAGUUGCUUCAGGCAGCCCGACUGUUCUCAUGAUGGAGAGCACUCUUGAUUUUAUAAAUGACUCUGAGCCACAUGGCUCAAACUUACAGAAGACAAUCCUAACCCUCACCUUCCAGAGGGCUCUGGGCUUACUUCUGAUAAUUAUUUGCUAUGUUUUUAUAAAAAAACUUGUUAAACCAACCUGGAAAUACAGAACCUUCCAGAAGCACCAGGGCAGAGUGAAGAGGAGGAGGAAUGGCGGGACCCUGAGAGCUUGGAGAAUGAUCUCGAGAGAGGCCGCGGAGAGACGGAGGCUACUUUCUUCUAUGGAAAGACCCCUGGGACAGGGCGACAUGGAUAUAAUCUUCCAUCUACAUCACCCGGCACACCCACACCCCCUCUGUGAGCAGUGCCACAAAACAACCGGAAAAGCCAAACCAACCCUGCCCAGGGAAUCCCUGCAUGCUGCUGCUCCCUCUGCGGCCCAUUUCGCCUCCAGCACCACCUCGCCCUCAGCAAGCCCUCCAGGACUCCUGCCUCCAGCCCCUCCGCCCCACCCUUCCGUACCCAAGCCUCUUGCCGUUCCCUGUCCCCCAGGACACACUCCACGAGCACAGCUGUUUCUCAAACCAGAGGCCACUGUCUCGUGGGAGAACAUCCUGUUUUUCGGCCUCCGCCUUUCCCGAGACAUCGACCCCUUUCCCCUUUCAUCCCCCGCCACGCAUCACACACACGCCCGUGCGCGUCACCACGCACCGCCAGCCCCGUCUGCUCCACCACCACCAGAGACCACUUUAGCCGUGACUCCACCUAAACCGGCUCCCACCAUUCUGAACCUUGCUCUGGAGAUGUUCUCUCCUGGUAGCGCUCGUGAACCGUCCCCUCUUUUCCCUCCAAAGAGAGGUACUGACCCUCCAAAGCUGACAGUGUCAGCAUUCUUCUGGUGGCAGCCUCAUGCCCAGGACUUGUUCCCCUCCAACUGGGCACCCUGUGAUUUUAAGAAACAGCUUCUCGCCCUCCACUCUUCUGAGGCCUCAUUUGCAGGAGACCCUGCAGCCAGCCUCGUCGUGUCUGCUUCCCUCUCCCAGCCCAACUCUGCCCUGCUGGCUCUCUUUGAGAGACUAGUGUGGAAGAGAGGGAAUUUCCUGAUGUGGAAGGGAGUGGAACAAUACGUGGGCUCUAUUCUAAACCAUCUGAGGCCAGGCGAACAUCUCAGUGCUUCAGGGACCACGUUGGCAGCAGCUUCCAGUCAGCAGGGCGCCGCAGGUUCCCUCCCUCGCUGCAGCAGCGAAGGGAAAGCAGCAGAGCUGCACAUGUGCCCGCAGCCCCUGUGCCCUGACACCUGGGAGGACGACCUGCAUCAAAAACACCUGGAGCUCCUGCUGUCUCUGCGUGGAGAGUCCCUGCACUCUGUGGUCCUUGUCCGAGGCAGCUGUCUCCCUACAUUUGUUUUCCUUACCACAAUUGCUAGUUCCUUCAAAGCUGAAGGAUUCUUGGCACUGGACCAACUGCUGUGCCUGCCCCAAACCCUGCCCCAGUCUCAGUCACUAACCCUCACCCAGGUCCGGCCUCAGGCCCCAUUUCUAUCCCCACUCCCCAUCCCACCACCUGGGCCUCUAUGCCCGAUUUGGAUCUGUGGGGUGAGUUUGCUUCAGAAGAAAACCAGACUCCACCAUCAACCAAGGCUCCUCCCACCCGGGUGGGGCUCAUGCAACACCUGCCGCACCCGUGGGUAUCCGUCACUACUAAGUCCUCACAGAGAAACUCCCGACAUGCCCAUGUGCCAUCGUCCCCUCUACUGGGUUUCGUUCAUUCGCGGUCAUGGGAGAAAAGACCUUCAAUAUUUGCUCUUCAGCCCACCUAGCUUCCGAGAGACCAGCUCAAAAAUCCCACUAAAGAAGGAUGCCAGCAAGAAUCAGGAACUAAGCAAGAAUAUUGGCCCAAAAGAUCGUCUUGGUACAACAAAUUCAAAACACGGAAUCUCCAAUUCCGCAGCAAGAAGCUUUGAAGCUUGUCCUGGAGAAAAAGUCAAAACAACACAAUCAGCUGCCAGCCUGCAUCAUCCCCUCCCUGACUCAUCCCCUGUGGGAAAAGGGGCACAGGGAGACCUAAGACCAUCACCCUCUGGCGAGAACCGUGACUUUCCAGAGAAGAUCCACACAGCUGAGGACUGCAGACCGAUGAGCCUGCAGCCUCCUCAGGGCAGCACAGAGGAGAUGUUAGAGGAGUCCCCUGGAAGCGCUACUUCCCCAACCAAGCCAGCAGAGGGACAGUCUCCAGCUCAACCACGCUUGAGAAAGCGAAUGCUCCGACUGUGGCAGUGGCUUCGUAAGCCCAGAAGAAAGCGCAAGGGGCAAAAGAAUUGUCUGUGGGAGGGCAGCUCCCUGUCGUCUCAGGAGACUUCCUCAACUGCCCUCCUCGGGGGGCCUCAGCACCCUCCCAGCACCCCCUCCAGGGCUCAGGUACUCCACCGUCGUCCACCCACCCCUUCCCGUCCUCAGAACACACGAAGAUUUAGACUUUUCCCCUGCAUUUGCUGAAGGGGGAAAUCACUCCCCAAAAACUUCAACAUGGUUCUCUGAAUAAAUGAAGCAAGAGUGA